AUGAGUGCCUUUCUCAAAUAUGGUUUCCAGAUGGUGGAGGACAAACCGCAGUAUAUCUUGUGUUCCGCGUAUGUGACAGCAACUUCAAGGACACCUUCGAAAUUGAGAAGGCAUUUAGAAACAGCGCAUCCACAAGAUUCAGGUAAGCCGAUCCACUUUUGUGAAGGAAAAUUGGAUGAAUUCUGCACGGAGCAUAACGAGGGGAUGCAAAAUGCAAUGGACACUCCUGACUUUUUCAACUCAAAACUGUUAAGAGCCUCCUAUUAUGCAUCAUUGUUGAUUGCGCGGAAUUCCAAACCGCACACAUUAAUGGAGACCACAGUUAUGCCGAUAAUAAUUAAUGCUGUGCGAGAAGUCCUAGGAGAAGACGCUGCUCUUAACAUUGCGACAAUUCCUCAUUCGAACAAUACAACGAAAAGAAGAAUUGAGAAAAUGUCGAGUGACAUUCAAUUUCAACUGAAAGUAGCAUUGAACAGCAGUCCCUACUUUUCUCUUCAAUUUGACGGGUCGGUGGAUGUUUCUGGUACUGCUCAGUUGCUGUGUUAUGUGAAGUACAUAGGAGAGGUUGAAGUAUGA